UAACUGUCUUCCCCUUAACAACAUACUAUUUCAUGUAAAAAAGUGUGUAUAAUACUGACUAUGUUGAGUUGGAUUUCAGACAGACAGCAAAGAAGAGGUGUGCCAGGUUUUGGAACAGAGGCUUGAACACAACCUUAAAUCCAUUGUUCAAUACAUGGAAAAGCCUUAUAAUACUUUCGACCAAUGUCUCUCCAAAGGAGUUCAACAGUCAGAAGAUUCAUGCGAGACAUUAAUGAAUAAAGUCUGGAAAUCAUGUCGUGGACAAUAUGGAAUAGUGAGGUGUUUAUGCGAGAAUAAUGGCAUUUACAAACCAAAAGGAAAAAAGAACAAGCGGAAGGAAAUUAACGUCAAUGAGAGUUUAGCCUCAUGCAUGAGAAGUUGCAUUGAUGAAGAGUUUACAUAUUUUUUCCCAAAUGACAAAUGUGGCCCAAUCAGGAAAAAGAUUGAAGACUUCACCCUUGACACAAACAGCUUGGUUGAGAAGCACAAGAGUGUGUCACUGCAUCUGAAAUUCCUUAAUACAGAGGAAAAAAAGUUGAAGACACAACUAAUCCGUGACCUGCUUGACAAAAAGAAACAGAUCUACUUCACUCUACCUGACUCGAUCAAGGACUCUAUGCAUGUAUCCUAUACAAAUGCAUCAAUGCAUACAGGAAAAGGUUCUCUGCAAAGGAUGAAAGAUGAGCUACAUCUGAACAUAAAGAAAGCAAAUAUUUUCCGGAAGGCCAAGAAAGAUAUGAUGGAUGGUUUAACUAAACUGAAGGAUCACAUGGUGAUGCAGCUGAAGUAUAAACUAGAAGAAUCAAUCAGGAUGUCACUCCAUACUCCCAACAGCUCGUUCCUCCCAGAUGUCACUGAGGAUUAUAACAAGAUUAAGGAGCUGAUGGUUUGCUCUAGUACAAUACCAGUGGCUACAAUAUGGUACCCUCACACUGAAUUUCAGUGUCAGACUGUAGAGGGACAGACGAAUGUGCAGGAGCCAUGAAUUAUAACUAGUCAACAUAUCCGCAGUCCUACUUAUAGGCUCCAGUGCCCUGAGGCAGGUCUUUUCCAGUGUGGUUUAACUGGACUGGUGUUUGAGAUGGCUGGGAAGGGAGAUGUUUGUGUCAAAAUGAGUCAAUGGGACACCAGUGUCCUGGGCUCCAUGACUCCAGCAGGACCCCUAUUCAGCAUCAGCUGCCCUGCAGUCCUCCAACUGCAUCUCCCACACUGUAUGUGUGACGAUGAAGAAGUCUUAUCAGUGGCUCAUUUUACUGGUGGCACAAUGGAGAUUGUGAAGCCACUCAAGACAACUGCCUCCCACGUGGUUGUAAACAUCCCAAACCCUUCCCUGGUUGGCCUCAUCAGAUGUGGUUUGUCUACACUGCCUGUCCAAAGCCGGGUGCUGCUGUUCCUCUGCCCACAAGGGAACACAAACCAAAACGGGAUGCUGAAUGUCUUUUUGUUGCCGAAGAAUGUGCCGACCUUUGAGGUGAUACAUCAACAGAAGAGGAGUACUUUCAUUCAAACCAGUUCUGAAUGCACUUUGAGUCCUGGAAGAAAAUAUGGUCUCUGUUGUGAGCUGGUGGACUAUAACAUACAUCUAAAAAGCAGGACGUUUGAUGGUGACUUCAGCCCAAACUUUCUACCCACAUUUCAGGUGUAUUUGGAAUGUAUUUCAGAUGCCAAGAACAUGAACCUGACCCUUUUAGACAGAAAGACUAAUGACCAGAAAGUGUGGGAGUGUGUGGUACA